CCUCCAUUUCUUUCCGUCGAACUAGAAUACAAAAAUCUCAUAAUAGUUCCUGCGUCUCUCUCCCUCUCUCUAGUCUUACCUCCACGUCUCCGACUCUCCAUUCUACCCUACGGCUACUUCUCUCUUUCUAAGCAAAAUCCAUUCCCCGUCUUGCUCUCUCUCUCUCCUUCGCCACAAACCUCACUACAGGAAAAAGUUAGGACAGAGGAGAUGGAAGAUAUAAAAAAAAAAAAGGUGAUGACAGUCACGUCUUACCCUCCAUAAGACCUUCCUUAGAUCCAACUCUACUCCACGUCAUUCCCAAACCUUGGUCUUUCCGCAGACCCCCACAAAAAGCCUACUAAAAAAUAGCCUAAUAAAUUUAGAAAAAACAGAGAGAGAAAAGACCGUGUCUUGCGCAUAAAAAAAUUUGCACAGAAGCAUGACUGAUGUACUCCAAUCCGCAUCUCACUUCCCUUCACCUUCAAGCUCUUCCACACCCAAUGGUGGGUCACACCCACUUACCCUUAUUAACGGCCCCACAAUAGAUGACCGUUUGGAUAUAGAGGAGGGAGAGGAAGGAGUUGGAGAAGGAGACAGGAAAAGCGAGGAAAGAGACAGAGAGGGAGAUCAGCUGUCUCUUUUGACACUUUUGGUGGCUGCUUUUAGGAAGUCGUUGAUUAGGUGUAGUACUGCUGGGUCAGGGAAGCUCUCUUCUAUGGAGAUUGGGCGGCCUUCCAAUGUCAGGCACGUUGCCCAUGUCACUUUCGAUCGCUUCCAUGGCUUUCUUGGUCUGCCUGUUGAGUUUGAGCCUGAAGUUCCCAGAAGGGCACCCAGUGCCAGUGCAAAUGUUUUUGGGGUUUCAACGGAAUCUAUGCAGCUUUCAUUUGAUGCAAGAGGAAAUAGUGUGCCAACAAUAUUGCUGAUGAUGCAAAGGCAAUUGUAUGCACAAGGAGGCUUGCAGGCGGAAGGAAUCUUCAGAAUUAAUGCUGAGAACAGUCAAGAGGAGUAUGUUAGGGAACAAUUAAAUAGGGGUGUCAUACCAGCUAACAUUGAUGUGCACUGCUUGGCCGGUCUUAUAAAGGCUUGGUUUAGAGAGCUCCCAACUGGUGUUUUGGACACCCUCUCGCCAGAACAGGUGAUGCAAUCGCAGUCGGAAGAUGAGUGUACUCAGCUUGUGAGGCUACUUCCUUCAACAGAAGCUGCUCUGAUGGACUGGGCAAUAAACCUAAUGUCUGAUGUUGCACAACUGGAAUACCAGAACAAGAUGAAUGCUCACAAUGUUGCUAUGGUUUUUGCACCAAACAUGACUCAGAUGGCAGACCCCUUGACUGCAUUGAUGUAUGCAGUCCAGGUGAUGAACUUUCUCAAAACUCUUAUUGUUAAGACAUUAAGAGAAAGAGAAGAGUCCAGGGUAGAGUCACCUACUUUUCCUCGACUAGAGCCUUCUGAUGAGGACGGCUAUCAAAGCUCUUCACAACUAUGUGUUGAGGGGGCGAAAGAGGAGGGCAACAGUGUUGAAGAGAGAGUUUUUGGCUGCAAAGACCCGGCUUUUGAGAGCCCUGAUCAUGCUAUUCAAGGUGUCACUCCAAUUGAACGUGGACCUUGUAUUGAAAUUGUCACUCCUGAGGAGAGUCAGUCUCUGCUCGAUACUCAUCCGUGCGAGGAUAUAUCUCAAGUGAAUCUCUUAGUAAGUGGACUGGCAGAUAGUUUAACAGGCUUGAGUGGAGGGGUUGAAAAAACUAUUUCCAAGAGCAAAACUGUACAAUCAAGUUUACCAAGUUUCAAGAAGGGAUCCAGAAAGGUCAAUGAAGGCCUCGUGUCUCUGGCGGCAGGACGUGCGGAGAAAACCAAGGGACCUGGAAUUGUUGGGCGUAUAAACUCGAGGACGGAGCUGUUCGAAGCUUGGCGUUGAAGACUCAGGCUUUCAAUUUCUUCUUUUUUCUUUUUUUGUGGGGGGGGGGGGGGGGGGGGGGGGGGUCGGGUCGUCCCGGUCAGCGGGUGAAACCAUCAGUUAGCAAUCUGUAAUUUCCAGCUUUGGAAAAUUGUGUAUGAUUUUCAUGUGUUUUUUUCGUUAAUUUACAAUGUGCUUCUGAGUGGUGAUGUCCUCAAACUUUCUCGUCUCGUUUUAACUUGUUUUCAUAGUACAGCUUUUGAUCAAUUUAAA